AUGGAGACGAAAGCUGACGUGGGGCGAGCGGGGCAGAGGUGGUCCUGGGAGGAGAAGGCAGGCGGGGAUGGAGAGGGGAGCGGCCCUCCUUCACCAUCUCUGAAUUUCACAGGUGAGAAGCCCUUCAAGUGCGAGUUUGAGGGCUGCGACAGGCGCUUCGCCAACAGCAGCGACAGGAAGAAACACAUGCACGUCCACACCUCGGACAAGCCCUACAUCUGCAAGGUGUGCGACAAAUCCUACACCCACCCCAGCUCACUUAGGAAACACAUGAAGGUGCACGAAUCCCAGGGGUCGGACUCUUCCCCUGCAGCCAGUUCGGGGUACGAGUCCUCCACCCCCCCUGCGGUGGGCUCCGCCGGCAGUAAGGACUCCACUAAAACGCCGCCGGCUGCCCUUCAGAGUAACCCCGGCCACAACCCUGGACUGCCCCCCAAUUUUAAUGAGUGGUAUGUGUGAAGGCAGCUGCUGCCCGGCCAGAGACUGGACCAAAUGCAUUGGGAACAAGGAAAAAAAAGGACAAACCAAGCCAACAGCAGCUGGCUCCCACGGAAAGGGAGUUUCCACACCAACGACCGCAUAGGGCUACACCUAGUUAACUGCCAGGAUCCGGAGGGGGGGGUCUUUUAUUAUUAUAUUAUAAUUAUUACUAUUUUUUUGCAAGCCCAGACGCUGGACUAGCCAUGUCCUUUUCUCAGGAUUGGAUUUCUUUUUUUUGUUGUUGUUGUCGUCAUUUUUUUGCAGUCACAGUCAUUUCUUUGAUAUUUUUUAUUUUCCUCCCUGCCCCAGUCCCUUUUCCUCCGAUUCCUCACUUUUUUGUUUUUAAUUUGUUUUGGUUUUCCUUCUUUUGGUGGGAUGUUGACAUGAGGAUGAAAAUUCUCCUUCGCCUUAGUGGUGAUUGUUUAAACUUACAGUCUUAAACCGUGCCAAAGUCCUGUUAUGUCUUGAACUUUCUAGCUCUCCUGCUGCUUCUUUCUCUGCUCUCCUCCUCUUUCUCCUUCUCUCUCUCCAAGCAUUACACUUGUGAAUGUAUUCUCGUAUGAUGGGGUCGUCAGUAUUUUUCAGGAUGAGGAUGUGGUGUUUAUUCUACCCAGAUUGUGACGUUUAGUAUAACAGUUGCCUUUUUGUAAUAACUUUUUUUGUAAAUACAUAUCCAUGAUGCCAUAUUUAUCGUUCGUAAUUUAAUUAUUGAUACAAAGUGCCGGGAACUGAACAAUAUUUAUGGGGGAGAAAAAAUUGUUUUCUAACAAAAAAAAAUACAACAAAAA